AUGGCAACUCCAUCGGAUCAAACCUACAAGCACAUCAUCCCCCUUGACUUUAACUCAGUGAAGUCGGUGCCGGACUCGUUUGUAUGGCUUCAAUCCAAUACCAUUCAAUCCGACGACGGGUUAUCGAUACCCGUUAUCGACCUCAUGGAUCCAAAUGCCCCGAAACUCAUAGUUGAGGCAUGUGAGACAUGGGGUGUUUUCCAUUUGAAAGACCAUGGCAUUCCAACAAAGAUUAUGGAGGACGUCGAGUCUGAGGCUCGAAAAUUGUUUGAUCUUCCCAUCGACCAAAAACUGAAGGCUGUACGAUCUCCCGAUGGGCAGAGCGGAUACGGAAUCGUCCCAAUGCAGUCCUUGUUUUCCACCUUUAUGUGGCAUGAAGGGCUUACCAUCUUUGGCUCUGCAAUUGAUCAUGCUAAGGUGCUGUGGCCUAAUGACUAUCAACAAUUUUGUGACAUAAUAGAUGAUUAUCAGAGGCAAAUGAAGGCAUUAGCCGAGAAACUAAUGCGCAUCCUCUUCAAAGCCUUGAGCAUUCCUGUAGAAGAUGUGAAUUGGUUUGAUGAUCCAACUAACAGCAGUGGCUGCAAUCUGGCUUUACAGUUGAACUCUUACCCUCCAUGCCCCGAACCAACCCGGACCUUGGGUCUAGCCCCGCACACAGACACCUCCGUUGUAACCAUACUCCAAGCUAAAACCAGCGGUCUCCAAGUCUUCAAAGACGGAGUUGGGUGGAUUCCGGUGGAACCGAACCCCGAUGCACUCAUCGUGAACCUUGGUGAUUUCACCCGCAUUCUAUCCAACGGUCGAUUUAUCAGUGUUCUUCAUCGUGUGGUGGCGAAACCGAUCCAACGCUACUCAAUGGGAUACUUCUUUAGGCCCCCAAUGGAUUUUGAUGUGUCACCACUUCUGUCGAAAGAUUUGGGUCAGGGACAUGUUCCUCGGUAUCGCCCAGUCACAGCAAAGGAGUAUCUUGCUCUGAAGGCCAAGCAUCUUGAAAAAGCAUUUUCUCUCAUUGAAAAUUAG